GCGGCGUGCAGCGGGGCUUCGGUUCCAUGCCCGUUUUCUCGAAGAGCCCGACUUCCGGAGCCGUGGAACGUUACAGGAGUCGUAGACGUCGCACGGGCCCGUCGCAGUCGCGCUUGUAGAGUGCUAUCUCAGAUGCGAGGAUGGCUACAGUAUCCCAAACAGCAACGGCUCUGACAUCGCCAGCUCACGUGUGGGAGGAUGCUCUGCCAACGGAGCCGGAGGCGCAUUAUGAGGACGACUUGCAGGCGGUAGACGAAGACCCUUCCAUCUCGGGCCGGCGUCCACUGGCGUCUCAGAACGGAAACUCGACCGUGCGUGGCGCCACGGGCCUGGAGCCUCUCUCCCCCGGCGAUAGCAACGAAGAAUCAGGCCCCGAUUCGAAAGCAAAGGGGCUCGAACCUGGCCACCUCCUGCAGCAUGAUCACAGGGAUCCGAAGCCACGGAGCGUGAAGGAACGUAGAGUCGCCGAAAGUUCACCGGGCCUUCACGGAGCCAUCAACGGGGAACGGCCGGAAGAUGGGCAUGCAAACAGAAAAGGACAGGGCAGCCUGUACCCGGACUCCGAUAGCGAUGAGAAUUCCAAGUGGAUCCACCGGGACAAGCUUGCCAGGAUAGAGAGCGAGGAACUGCAGGCCGCAGGGAUCUUCCUUCCGCGACAGAGAGACCGGGCGCGAUCGAAAAGCCAGAACAGGCCCAGACGAGACCAGAGCCAAGACAAGGUCAACGGCUCGGGCAGGUCUAUCGGAAGUUCUGAAUACACCGUCUCGAGAUCGAGGAAAAACUCGACGGCGACCACAUCAGAGACGAGGACUGUGGAUUCGGCAGCGAUCCCCAGCUGGGAUCUGAGGAGGCCCGAGGAGAUUCUCGAAGAAGCUGACGGGCAUUGGGUGCCGAAUGGCAGCGGCAAAGGCUCGUCGCGAAUACCCCUGGCGAAGGACAGUCCUGUCCCGAUACCAAGCGAGCACCUCGCGCGAGACACGCGCCUGGUGAGGAAACGGGAUAGCAGCCCCACCGCCGAGGACGGCAUCACGAACCCCAGGCAGCGCGCACGAAGCGGCAGCACCGGCAACUCGCUGACGAAGAUCUCGAGCGCGGGACCCGCCCCGCAUCCGAACAAACGAUCCGAUUCCUCGCCCAAGAAGCCCGCAGCGGCCGCAACCGCCCGAAAACCCAAGCCAGCCAACGGUGCCGCGGGGCGACCGAAGACGCGAGGAGGGCCGAGCAAGGAUUCGACGAGCAGCGGGACCGGGACCGGGACCCGGCCGUCCACGAGGUCGGGUGAGCGCGAGUUCUCGAGCAGCAACUCUAAACCAAUGGAAGGCGAGCCGCCGUGGAUGGUUUCCGCUUAUCGGCCGGACCCGCGCCUGCCUCCGGACCAGCAGUUGCUACCCACCGUGGCUAAGCGUCUGCAGCAGGAGAAGUGGGAGAGGGAGGGCAAGUUUGGGAGCGUUUACGACAAGGAGUUUAGGCCGCUCACGGACGAUGGCUUCCUGAAGCCCCCCGAGCCCGCCGCUGCUCCCGACAAGGAAUCCGCCAAGGAGGGCAAGGAUGAUCAGAAGGAGGAGCAAGGGGAUUGGCCGCUAAAACCGGAGGCCAAGAGCCCGACGCUGCCGGCGAGGGCAAAUUCGUACUCAACAAUGCCCAAAAUCACCGAUGCACCAGCCGCCAACCCGCUGCCGAGUCCCAGGGCGCCCUCACGCCAGGCUCAACAAACACAACCGAUUCGGCUGCCGGAACCCCCAGAUGAACCGGCGCAAAAGAAAGGGGGCUGCGGUUGCUGUAUCGUCAUGUGACACCGGCCUGUUGUUUCGGCAACAACGCCUUGCCUUCUUAUCAUUCGCACGGUCGCGUCGUCGUUUAGCCUCCGCCCUUAGACAUACCCGUUCCGAAACCCAGUCCGAUCACUGUUCUGGGGGACCAGCC